UUGGUUGCACGAAUAACACGGUUCGAAGCUUCUCAGCUGAUCUAUUGAACACUUGCAUUCGAAGUGUCAGUCUUCGUCUUUCUAUUACUUUUUUUUUGAAGGAAAGAGUAGAGCUUUGUUUUAGGCAAAGCAGAGAUCAUGUCGGUUACAGAUGAUGAUGUCAUUAGAAGAAGACUUCUCAUAGAUGGUGAUGGUGGAUUGGAUGACAAGAGGAUAAACAAUCUUUUGAAGUCUUACAUCAAGUGGUGCAAUUCCUCAGAAACUGAUGAGGAAAAUGAUGCAACUUACCAACGCCUUAUGAGCACUGUGGCUCAGUGUGAGUUUACCAUGGAGAAGUCCUUGCUGGUAUAUGAGAUGAACCUUAGAGAACAGGCUAACUAUGGCAAACUUAACAGACAAAUAGAGGAAAAGAUAACGCAAGCAAUGGACAAAAUCGCUGAGUGUAAAAAUGAGUUAAUAGAGGCCAAGACAAUAAGACGAAAUCGUCAGGAGUACGACAACCUUGCAGCAGUUAUACAGAAGCAGCCAGACAGACAAACAUCAAUGAAGAAACUUCAGGAACUGGAGGAUGGUCUCACACAGUUGAAAACAACAAAAGAAAAGUUGGAACAGAAGCUGGAUUUGAGAAGAAAACAAUUCCAUGUUCUGUUAUCCUCUAUUCAUGAAUUACAGAGAAUUUUAGAAGAAGAUGACAAUGCUGAUGAAAGUGAUAUGGAAACCUCAUGAGUCGGAUGCGUAGAAAAAUAAUUCACAGCAAGAAAUUGUACGUGUCACCAUGACUGGGUUUGUACAGAAAUGUUAUCUGGUCCUGAUAACAUGACCCGUGAAGAAAAGACACAGUUGUGCUCCUCAAAAUCAUGUCAACUUUGGUAUUUCUGGACAAGCAAACAAUCUACUGUUUUUGCCACUUUGCCGAAAGAAAAAAAAACAGGAACUCUAAAGCAGCUAGUAAGGUAUCAGUUUUAUCUAUUGAGACAGAUUUAUGCCAGCACAGUGUGCACACUGGGGCCUUGAAGAAGAUGGAGUGAGUUCCAGACAUCCACAAUUUGCUUACCAUGAACAUUUAUGUCAUUCUAUAUUUUGUACAAUUUGUGAACAGGUUUUGUUUUACAUUUCAAGUUGAAUGAGCUUAUUUAUUUAUCAGUAAAUGCCCCUUCAUGACUUUCAGCAGAAAGUUUCAAACAAAUACUUUUUUUGGCAUACUAAUACUGUUUUCCGUUGUUUUCUGACCGUUUUACUUUGCUCAAGUUCUCCAUCAUGUGCCUAACUUGUUAAUAACUGUUGUCACACUUGGUGUAUAUAUUUGUUUAUAGAUAAAAAAAAUAAUCAUAUACAUGUUGGCCCACAAAGGUAAUGGGAUUCAAGCCUGACCUGUUCAUUUUUGGAAUGAGUAAAAUUUGAAAAGACAUAACAGCAAUGAGCAUAAAUAAUAUCUGACACUUGCCAAUGAUGUGUUAACAAAAAAUUCACUUCAGUAAUUAAAUUUUAAAUAAAUAUUAGUAUUAGUUAAUCGAGAACCAAUAAGUAAUUUUAAAAUGUAGAAAAAGAUAAUGGUAUCUGUGAGCUGAACAUCCUGAAUAUAUAUUUUUGUAUGAGGGGUAAUUGGUUGUGUUUUU